AUGUCUUGGUUUACGAAGACAAAGACAACGCCCAACGCAUCCAAAGCACCCAAGGCGCGCAUCGCCGGCAUGCGCAUCACACGCGAUCAAGCGGAACGCCUCACGGAAGUCUGCACAACACUCGAAGAAAUCAUAGAGAGACAAUGUAAAGACAUACAUAUCCCUCACACUGCCUCGGAAUUCUACUACGCGUCGUCUACGUUGAGACGCAUCAAGAAACAACAAAAGGAAAUUUUGAAGACGCUCGAGGAUCUCGUGGACUGGAGGACUGCGGCGGAGAGGUAUUGGCCGCUGAUUGCGGAACGGUAUGGUCCUCUUUUGAAUCUUGUUGCGAGUUUGAAGAAGGAAAUUGGAGAUGCGCUAAAAGACGGAAAGACGUGGUCUGGAGAAGCGGUCAAGCGGACCCAUUGCACAAACAUCCAGUCCAUGAAAUCAACACUGAACCGCGAACCUUGGGCCAGGCGCACGCCUCCAUCCAAAUACAUACCCCUCAAGGACAAACACGUCACCUUCUCCGAGACAGUGCUCUGGCGAGAGUUCAACAGCGCAGCCCCGCCAAAGGAGCUACACAGACAGGCCUCAAACACACUUCUCCACAAAGAAGAGUUUACAACGAGCCUGGCUAGAAGGGGGCGUAGGUCAACAAAGAGCUUUAAGAAGAAGGCAAUUGAGAGUAAAGGGUGGGAUUCCAUGUUCAAGACGGAUUGGUGGAGUGUAGGGUUGGAGCCUUGGGGGACGGCGAAGACCAAGGAAGAAGAAGAGGAGGAGGAGGCGACGGAGGAGGAUAUAGCAAGAUUAGAAAAAGAGUUGAAUGAAGAGAUAGUACAGCAGCUAGCGACACAACCAUGGUAG